CUAGCCCCAAAUACAAGAUCACCUUUGUUUUCCUUGGGAACAAUCACCACUUCGUCAGCUUGCUACAUGACGGUGUCUGAAGGGGUUGGAGUCGAAGCCGGCCUCCAUAGUCCAAGCCACAACAAAACCAGGAUUCUUUACGACUCUAGCUUUUUCAAAGAGCAUCGGGCGACUACUCUCCCCACUCCGACCGAGCUGAGAGCCAUCAACAAAGAGUCAGGAAACAUCCGCGGCAUAUAUUUUAACCGACCCCCACCGGUUAAAUUUCCAUCACUGGGCCUGAUUGUCAAAUAUGGAGCCGACGCAACCAUCGUAGAGGCGGAAACUCAACAUAUGGUACACAAUAAGUUGAAGGGCAAAGUGCCAGUCCCUGAGGUUUUUGGGUGGACCGAAGACAGUGGACAAGUAUUCAUCUACAUGUCUUUGAUCGAGGGCGAAACUCUAGAGCAAAGAUGGGGUGCUUUGAACGAGGAGGAGAGGGAGGCUGUUUGUCGGGAGCUCAACGGCAUGGCCAAAAUCUGGAAAACCCUAGAUUACCCCAACCACGACCACAUCCUUUACGUUGGUGGUCUAGGAAACCAACCGCUGAAUGAUAUAUUUCUUUCCAGUCAUCCGGACUUGGCUGGCCCAUUCUACGGUGCAGACGCUGUCCAAAAAUUUCAAGAUGGCUGUGGCAUCGAGAUCGACGGGAACGUGCCUGUGGUUUUUACGCAUGACGACCUUGUGCCUCCCAAUAUCAUGUUAUCGUCGGGGCCAAAUCCAGUAGUAGCUGCCGUCAUUGAUUUUGGUCAGUCAGGGUGGUAUCCUGCUUAUUGGGAAUAUUGCAAGGCGCGUCGCGUCGGGUUGCGUCCGCAAUAUUUCGAUGAGGAUUUGGGUGAAGAAUGGAGAACGAAAUACCUGCCUACUAUUCUGGACAAAGUUGAUGAUGAGACAGUAUACCACCCUUGGUUAUUGUUUGUCCUAUCACACGGUAUUUAG